AUGUCUUGCUGCAGGGCCUUCAGCGCUCCUGAGGCCCUUACAUGUCAGGUGUGCCUGGACUCAUUUCAGAACCCCACACAGGUGUUCAUUUGCGGCCACAUAUUCUGCGAGUCCUGCAUUCGAGGGGCGACCAAUUGCCCUACGUGCCGUGGUCACGUUGAGUACACCAAGCCAGGACCAUAUUCCGUGGCACAGGGGGUGCUGGUCCUCCCUGUGAUGUGCGGAAGCUGCGGGUGGCAAGGAACACGGCAGCAGUCGCUAGCCCACCGAUGUGGGACAAAAGACACUCAGAGUGUCUACAGCAGUUAUCCACACCUUUCCGACGAAGAAUUGCGUCGCCGGGCAAUGAAUCCCUCCCGAGGCUCUAUCUUUGACCAGCCCGGCACCUUCCAGGGGAUCGCGCUCUCCAGCGAGGUCGAUCAAACACGAAAGUAA